CGUGCUUGACAGCUGCGACAAAUCCGUGUUCUCAGACGACGAAGGUGUGACGCCAUACCCCCCUGGCUGAAAAAUCAUCAGCAGCUCGUCGCGCUGCAGCAGCUUGUUUUCUCGAUUUCCCCGCUUGUAUAGCCCGGUUGUACGUCAAUACGCUUGCAAACCGUCUAGAACAAGUGCGCAUGUUCCCUUAGCGUGCAUCUUUCGUUUCAGCCCCAGCUUUGCUUCGCGCGCAUACAAAUCCAUUCUGCGAGCAAAACUCGCAGCGGGUAUGGAGGUCCUUGUAUCCCCUUCUAUCUCUCCUCCCCCGUCGCCGGAGAAGGCAGCCUCGUCCUACGCGUUUUCGUCUUCGUCGGCGCGCUAUUCAUCCAGUUCGCUCCUCGACCGUCGGCUUGGCCACGAGUCCUCGUCGCCCCUUAAGCUCUCCCAGAGUCAUCCGGCGUUGUCGGAUGGCAGAAACACCUAUGUAUCUUUACGGACAAGGCCCACGCCUCGUCUUCCCCUCCGCAAUCCACAUAAGCCCUCCACAUCACUCUCUUUCAGCAACCCCCUGACGCCAAUAUUGUCACCACCCGUCACGCCUGCAACCUCUUCCCUUGCUUCUCCCAGUUCGGGAGUCGCAAGUCCCCGGUCGGACGAUGAUCAUGCAACUUCAAGUGCUACGACAGCAAGUAUGCAGGGAGACGCGCAUACAGCGGGUGCACAACAAGAGGAUUACCUCAAUAAGGGCAAGACGUCGUCCGCAGCUACAACUCCGAUCACGGACAUUCCUCCUGUCCAACAUGACCCCGUCUCGACUCCGCCUUCAUGGAACACCAUUCCCCCCUCACCUCCUUCCAGACUUGUCGAUAAGGUCGACUCUGGGACGAGUGGGCUGCGCAGGCGGCCAUCUCCUGGGUCGAGUCGUCGACCUGUCUCCUCACUCUUGGCCUCGGUACCCUCACCGCCGUCGGCCUCGACGUGUAGGCGGCGCGCAUCAAUGCCUCUGAUGCACAUGUCUCUGUCCAAACCGCUUCCUCCGACGCCACCUCCUGUUCCAUCUCCAAGUACCAAGCCUAUAGCGGAGAGUCCUCUGUCGGCUAGUGUGAGCGCGCCGCUUGCCGACACGCGGUCGUCGCGAGAGGACCGGGAGGGUACUCCGAGGGCUUCGUCGAAGAGUACUUCUAGGGCCCGGUUCCAUAUCCCCUCCGACAACGAGGAUGAAGGAUACGCGGUGAGACACGGGCCGCGGAGACACGAAUCGGACAGUGGGUCGUCGAGCAAGAGCAGGGUCGAGGACAGUACAGAGAACAGCACGGAGAACAGUACCGAGUUCCAGGAGAAGUGGGAGAGGAAGAGGGGUGAGGACAAUGCACGGCGGUACCAUGCACUGCUGGAACUGCUGAUGACGGAGGUUAGCUACCUCAGGGAUCUCCGGGUACUGGUCACUAUUUAUUUACAACAAUUCCCCACCAUCUCCACACGAGUGCAUAUGUCAUCGUCGAGCUUCAUGCGGGCAUCUCCAUCGCCAUCAUUCAUAUCCACUACCUUUGGCAGCCAUAGCCGAUCGAACUCUCAAUCGCAGCUCCUCACUCAACCACCUCCUCCGAGUGCUUUCUCGCUGAAUAUACCUUCAACCGCGUCGCAGUCUAAUACCAUGCCCGGCCUGGGCAAGGAACAUGAAAAGGGCAAGGAGAAGGAGAAACACAAGCUUACCCUUGUGGUAUCGGAUGCUGAUGUCAACUUGGUGGCCCGGAACGCCAAAGAGUUGCUCGAGUUCCAUGAGCGAUUUGUCCACGAGCUACGUAAUGUGAUGACGCCCUUCGGGAUGUCCGAAGCCCUCGACGAGUCCGCCGUCGAAGCAGAAGUUCACCGGCCACAGAAUGUCGCGCAUACAGUCGUCGACGAGGCGAUCGCUAGCGUCUCUGGCAAGUUCUUGAAUAUGGCACAGGCGUCUGGCUUCAGCAUAUACGAGUCGUUCUGCGCGGGACAUCCUGAGGCCACGGAUGUGGUGAGGAAGGUUCAGCAGCACCAUACGUCGGAGUGGGAGGCGUUCGAGCAGCGGUGCACGCAUCUCGUGACGGGUAUGGAUUGUCAAGGACGGCAAGCGAUGGAGGAAUUUGGUAGCGUUCCCCUGAGUGCGCACGCUGAGCUUGGGGGCUCGCGUUUGGACGGGUUCCCUACCGUGACCGACUCGAGUGCGGACCUCGCGGAUGUAUUCUCCCGUCGGAAACGCAGGCAUUCCACGUCGUCGGUCAGUCUCAUGGCUUACGGGAUGUUCUCUGCUGGCUGCAGGAAUACGACCCACCUCGAAGUGGUUCAGGUUAAAUCUGAUCCUCCGCCAGAUACCAAAGGGAAGGGGCAAGGCACUCGGUUAACGUUUAUGGAUUACAUGAUCAAGCCCGUCCAGAGGAUUUGUAAAUACCCGUUAUUGCUGGAUCAGUUGAAGAGCGCGAAGUCGCUGUGGAAGCAUAAGCCCAGUUCCUCGGCGGUCGCAUGUACCCCGCCUGCAGCACCAUCGGAAGGCGACGCGUCCGCGGAGCAAGCGGCGUCUGCAAUGAGAGAUGUUGUUGCUUCAGUCGACGAAGCUCGCCGCAAACGGGACGUAGUCAUCAAGUCGUCUCUGAUUACUUCGCGGAUCGUCGCUUGGUAUUCUGCUCAUCCCUCCAAGGAGACGAGUCCUCCUAGUCACCUCAACCCGGACUUCAUGAACUCCCUCGGUAUUUGCAUGCUCUCGGGUUCCUUGGACGUUAUGCACUAUGAUGUGGCCAACUCUUCGAACAGCGGGCCUGUCAAGGUUAAAUACUACGGUGCCUUUCUGUAUGCUGGAGGGUAUCUUGUACUAGUAAAGGUGGGGAAGAGCAAAACGGUGUACGAGCCAAGACAUUGGUUUCCUCUAUUUGGGUUUGAUGUAGUCGACAUCGAUGAUGCUGAUGGGCUGCUUCCCUGUUCUUUCGGCCUGUUCCGCCGAGAUCACUACUUCGAGCUUGCAGCAGCUUGCCAGAAGGAGAAGGAAGUGUGGUUGUCAGCUAUCAGGGAAAGUGUGACAACGAGCCCUGUCUGGCGCAACGAACCUACGCCGAGCCUUCACAAUUGCACGGCUGGUGUCACGUCCGCCCUUGACAACGAGCCCGCGGAGGUCCUAGCCUUGUCCGCGUUGCAAUCUCGAAGGAAUUCGUUUGAACUCACCGACGAGCCAGAGAGCUAUGGCACAGAGUCUCAUGCCACGACGGAGCCGCCAUCGAGGGAUGAACCUCUACCAAGACCUACCGCUCACUUUUCAGGAAGUCGUCGCUCGUCUACGACCUCUGUGAAAGCUCUUUUCUCUCCGGCAUCAUCCGAUACCAUCCUCAUACGGUCAACUGCUCCGCUUCGUCAGCUUGUCGAACGUGGCCUAUUGGAUGUCUUCUCUGAAGCAUGCCUCACCAUUCGGUUUCAAGCUCAGACGCAUGAUGAGGAGUUGUUUCAAGCACCGAAAGCGUCCAGCACGAUGGGUAUGAGUGGUGUCAUGGGUAUUGCUGCUAAGAGCCGACUGUCCAAACGUGAGAGCGUUAUAGUCCCGAGACGAAAGAGCUUCGUGGAUGGUUGUGACCUUGCAGACAUGGAAGCAAUUGCUGGCCUUGGGAAGAAGAAUACAUUGUCUCGCGCGAAGUCUCUAGCAGCUCGGAGGCAAGGCAAGAAGUCUCUGAGGGUCAUGGCGCCAUUGCCUUCCGGUCGUCAUGACAAUGAUGGUGAAACCGCGUGUGCUUUGGAUAACACGGAUGCAACCGUGGAAUCGCCCACACCACUGUCACAGUGUUCCUCUAUGGGAACAUCUCACGCCGGGUCUGCGCUAGCUAGUCCAACGAUGGAAUCCAGAGCGUUGUCCCCUGGUCCUGCCACGGAUUCGAUGCCCCCCGCAUCCGUCCAAGGUCAUGAGUGCGCAAGACGUGCAGAAUAUCUCACAGUCGUCGAUCCUGACUGGCGACCGAAACGUACACGCUCAAUGGUAGACAACGUCAGGGGCUUCUUUUAUUCUCGAUCUAGUUCCCCGACGCCCUCAAUCGACGCCAGCUCGUCGCGCGCUUCUCAUGUUGAUUCUGGCCUUUCAAACACCCCUGAAGACUGGAGUCAAAGACCUCCCCCUUCCCGACUAACCAGGUGGUGGAAAGGAUCGCUUAGACGCCGUGUGCAGAGCGCUCCCGAAGUUCCGCGAGAUGAUCCAUCUGUUUCUGUGGACGUAUCAGCGACUAUACGCUCCUCCAUGGAUACCCCUGACGUGCCUGAGGAGGACGUUGCUGGUGAGGUUUUAGAUGCUGCACCUAUGAGGCGAACCAACACGCUGUCGCGGAGGUUCAAGCCUGAUGGAAAAUCACACCUACCCAACCGCCGGCCAUCCAUGUUCUCUACUUUCCCUCAUGACCCACGCGACACAACUUCUACAGCCCCUGCGGAAGUAGCUCCUAGGAAGAAGACGAAGACAGUUUCAUUCUUUCACCGACUACAUCCCAAGACGAACUUGGGUAGCUCAGAUUGA